AUGCUGCAUGGUCGGAUAAGUGUUGUGAGCAUUUGUGCAUCCACAUAUUCUAGCACCAAGGCUGAGCACAUGGCAGGCAUGGAGCUACGCUACUCAUACAAAGCAGGGCGACUAGAUGAGCGACACGAUGACUCUGUCGUGGCCGUCGUUGCUGUCAUUGGUUGCCAGCAACAUGACACUCAGACUAGUUUCUGCCAGGUUCUGAAAAGAAUAGGCUAUAAUGGCCUGGCGUUAUUGACCAAGGUUGAAGAUUCAGAUCAAUCGGGAAUCAACCCGAGAUCUUGCGAUCGGCCCCCGUGGACUCAAAAGGGAAAAGCGCGCUGCAAGUGCCAGGCAUGCAGGCAUCCAUGGUUUCCUGCGGGCCUCGCGAAGGGCCCAAUAUGUAUCUUCCCGCUCCUCUCACCACUAUCCUACAUCCAUCAUCCCCAAUUCGCUAAUUCUUGCUAG